GCCGGCCGGGCGAGGUGUUUCCCCGCGGGGGCGCGGACCGGCCGCCCGGGGCCCGAGAUGUGACCAUGGACAGCAGGAUCAAGGAAAAUCCAGAAAGUACGUUUGAUUUGGUACUCAAGGUAAAAUGCCAGGCUUCUGAAAAUGAAGAUCCGGUGGUACUGUGGAAGUUCCCGGAGGACUUCGGAGACCAGGAGGUGCUGCAGAGUGUGCCGAAGUUCUGCUUUCCUUUUGACAUUGAAAGGGUGUCCCAAAAUCAAGUAGGACAGCACUUUACCUUUGUGCUUACAGACAUUGAAAGUAAGCAAAAGUUUGGAUUUUGCCGGUUAACAUCAGGAGGCAAAAUCUGCCUCUGUAUUGUAAGUUACCUGCCAUGGUUUGAGGUAUACUACAAGUUGUUAAAUACUCUGGCAGAUUAUUUGGCUAAAGAACAGGAAAAUGACUUGAAUGAUAUGUUAAAAUCACUGUAUAGCCACCCUCUGCCAAAGGCAAACACUCCUGUCAGUUUAAACGUGCAUUCGUACUUCAUUACUCCUGAUCUAACUGGAUUGCCAACAAUCCCAGAAAGUAGAAAUCUUACUGAAUAUUUUGUUGCUGUGGAUGUGAACAACAUGAUGCAACUUUAUGCCAGUAUGUUGCAUGAGAGACGAAUCAUUAUUACCUCUAGCAAACUAAGCACUUUAACUGCUUGUGUUCAUGGGUCAGCUGCAUUGUUAUAUCCAAUGUAUUGGCAACACAUAUACAUCCCAGUGCUUCCUCCACACCUUCUGGACUACUGCUGUGCACCGAUGCCAUAUCUAAUUGGAGUCCACUUAAGCUUAAUAGAAAGAGUAAAAAAUAGAUCACUGGAGGAUGUGGUUAUGCUAAAUGUUGACACAAACACUCUAGAAAACCCAUUUAAUGACCUGAACAACCUACCUAGUGAAGUGGUCUCAGCCUUGAAAAAUAAACUGAAGAAGCAGUCUACAGCUACGGGUGAUGGAGUAGCUAGGGCCUUCCUUAGGACACAGGCAGCAUUGUUUGGAUCCUACAGAGAUGCACUAAGAUACAAACCUGGAGAGCCUAUCACUUUCUGUGAGGACAGUUUUGUGAAGCAUCGUUCCAGUACUACCAAACAGUUCCUGGAAACUGCAGUGAAUCUUCAACUUUUUAAACAGUUUAUUGAUGGUCGACUAGCAAAGCUAAAUGCAGGAAGAGGGUUCUCGGAUGCUUUUGAAGAAGAGAUCACUUCUGGAGGCUUCUGUAGAGGAAAUUCAAGAUCUUAUCAGCAGUGGGUGCAUACAGUAAAGAAAGGAGGUGCACUAAUCAACACAGCUAUGACCAAAGCCAGCCCUGCUGUGAAGACAGCAUACAAAUUUGCAAAAAGUCAUGCAAAGCAGGGAAUGAAAGAAGUGAGGAGUAAGUUAAAACACAAGGAGAGUGAUGAAGAAUAUGGAACUUGUAGCUCUGGUGUACUACAGUGUGCGCCAGUGUACACCUUACACAAUCAGAAAAGAGGAAACUCAGAAAAACGAAGACUUGCCCAGACGCGUUUCAACCAACACCUUACCAAUGUCAGCAAUCAUGAUUCUGCCCUGGAUGAUGAUGACGAUGAUGAAAUGGACAGAACAAGCAAGUUAUCGUCUGAAGACAGCGAGGAAGCUUCCGCUUAUUUUUAUGAUAGUGAUGAUUCUGGUGAAACAGGAGUAAAGUCUUAUCACACAGGAGAAAUGGACUUGCUGGGAGAGAUUUUGGACACGCUGAGCACACACAGUUCAGAUCAAGGAAAGCUCUCAGGAGCAAAGAGCCUGGAUUUCUUUAGAUCAACGGACGAUAUUGAUUAUAAGGCUAUGAACAAGUCUAGUGCACCUAGCGAGAGCAACCUCGCUCUGCUCUGUAGUGGUACUAAUGAUCCAGUGGAGUGGAAUCUUGGUCAGGAUGAUAGUGUUCUCCAGGGGAAACAGCUCCCUCCAUCUCCAAGAAAGCAAGUUGAUUUUAGUGACCAGAUGGAAUCUGUCUCUGUGCUGCAGGAGGAAAAUAGUGACAAAAUCCUUAGUGCUGACCAUGUGGAUUUCUCUAAAGAUUUUGUAACGUCAACUUCUCCAACACAAUCAGUUGCACAGCUUGCUUCUCUGGAAUUUUCCCAAGUAGAUGACUCCUUCCAUAGGAAGAUAAAACCGAAUGAAACACUAAGCAAUACCUCAGAGGAUCAGUUCCCAGUGAACCUUUGUCAACAUCCAUCCAUUCUAAUUCCUUGGCAAAAAGAAGGGGAUGAAGGAAAGGAAACCCCAGAAGAAAGCGGGCUUCUUCAUGAAGUUGUGUCAUUAUGUAAAAUGACCUCUGCUUUCCACCACAGUUUAAACAUUUCAGAGGAUAAUUACCCCAGUAAUAGCAGUGGAAAUAAAGUGUAAGGGAACUUUGAGAGGAGAAACUACUUCCAUGAGAGGUUAAAGAGAGACUACUCAGGAGUCCACGUAAUACAUGAUAACCAAAAGAUCACAAAGGAAUAAUUACUUUUACAUUUUAAAAUACUUCUGUUUGUUUAGUACAUGGAUUUAGAUAUCUGCUUAUAUGUUUCUCAGUUAAUUUCUUGGCUGUG